UACCUUACAUCUACAUAAACAAUCCCGCGACGCGACCUGCAACCGUUACCAACUCUAAACCACCGCAUCAACUUACAUACCCGCCACCAAGACUGUAACUGACACGAGCACUAUACAGGUUACCUCCGGUAUCCAGAAUCUCAACAUGGACUCUCCCGCCAAGAAGCUCGACUUCGGUGCCACCGACAAGGAGAACAAGCCCUUCGACGAGGACCUUGCUAAGCUCGAAGCCGAGAUCGAUGCUGAACACAACGCGAACAAGAAGGCCGCCGAGGCCAAGAAGAUGGCCCCUACCCUCAAGCCUGAGGAGGCCAAUGAGCCUCUCCUCACCGAGAACCCUCAACGCUUCGUUCUCUUCCCCAUCAAGUACCAUGAGAUCUGGCAAAUGUACAAGAAGGCCGAGGCUUCCUUCUGGACCGCCGAGGAGAUUGAUCUCUCCAAGGACCUUCACGACUGGAACAACAGACUGAACGACGACGAGAAGUUCUUCAUCUCCCACAUUCUCGCCUUCUUCGCUGCCUCCGAUGGUAUUGUCAAUGAGAACCUCGUCGAGCGCUUCAGUGGCGAAGUCCAGAUCCCCGAGGCUCGCUGCUUCUACGGUUUCCAGAUCAUGAUGGAGAACAUUCACUCCGAGACCUACUCCCUCCUCAUCGACACUUACAUCAAGGAGCCCUCCCAGAGGACCUACCUCUUCAACGCUAUUGACACCAUCCCUUGCAUCCGCAAGAAGGCUGACUGGGCUCUUCGCUGGAUUACCGACAAGAGCUCCACCUUUGCCCAGCGUCUCGUCGCCUUUGCUGCCGUCGAGGGUAUCUUCUUCAGCGGUGCUUUCGCCUCCAUCUUCUGGCUCAAGAAGCGCGGUCUCAUGCCUGGCCUUACCUUCUCCAACGAGCUCAUCUCCCGUGAUGAGGGUCUCCACACCGACUUUGCCUGCCUUCUCUUCUCUCACCUCAACAACCGCCCCAGCAAGCAGCUGAUCCAGGAAAUCAUUGUCGAUGCUGUCAGAAUUGAGCAGGAGUUCCUCACUGAGGCCCUCCCUUGCGCUCUUCUUGGCAUGAACGCCGACCUCAUGAAGCAGUACAUCGAGUUUGUCGCCGAUCGUCUCCUUGUCGCCCUCGGCAACGAGAAGAUCUACAGGUCGACCAACCCCUUCGACUUCAUGGAGAACAUUUCUCUCGGUGGCAAGACCAACUUCUUCGAGAAGCGUGUUGGCGACUACCAGAAGGCUGGUGUCAUGAACAGCACCAAGAAGGCCGACGCUGAUGCGGAGGUGGCCAAGAACGAGAACGGCGGUGACUUCACCUUCGACGAGGACUUUUAAAUGCCGUUGUCCUUGCCGUUUCUCGUUUCUCUUUGCGACGCCUCUUAUGACUUUGUUUCAUCAAUACCCCCUUCACCACACUGUACCUUUCCGUUCUGAUCUCACACCGAACAUCCCCACACGAGCAUGACUAGCAACUUGCUUAUCAACUGCCAGUUGGAGAUGUUUUUCUGUGUUGGAUAAAAAAUCUUUGCUGCCAUCAGCAACUCACCUCAAAAAAAGGCGAGCGAGUUCAAUGUUUUCCUUUUUCCUAU